AUGGUCCUCCUUCACAGUCUGAUCUUGUCUGCUUCUGUCGCUGCUCUUGCAGUUCUCAGCAAUGCAGCCCCUACCCCUUCCGACUCUAUGACCAUCAAGCCCACUCCCACCGCCCACCGCGAGCCUACUCCUACGGCAACCACCGAGCCCAACCCUGGCCACCCUCAUGCCCACACUGACGCAUGUGGUGUCCUCGCAAGCACAAACUACACAGAGUUGAAGUACAAGCACGUCGUCGACUGUUACAACUCCAUUCCCUUCGACAGCGCUCAGGCUGCUACCGCCCUCUCUACCGUGCUUACUAUCUUCAAGGAUUACUAUGUGUUUACCGAUUCCGCUCUCGCUCGCACUGUACCUGAGCCUUUUGCCGAUGCUCCUUAUGAUAUUGUCGGAGAGCUUGAGAAGAUUGGUCGCAGGAAGUAUACCAGUGAUUACAAGUUCCAUAACGAUAUCCUUGAAGCUGUCACUGGGCUCGGUGAUGGUCAUGCUGACUACCAAAGUAUGUACUUGUCUGUUCGGGUCUACCUCGACAAGGCCAAACGCGGAUAUGAUGACUGCAUCGUCGAAACCAUCAACGGCGAAGAUGCACUCUCUUACCUCCGAACCUACGCCAGAGAUGUCUUUGGUGUCUCCCACGACCCCAAUGCCCGCCUCAACUUUAUGUUGGCCUCGCAGUCCUACGACACUGCCAGCGGUCUCUUCACUGACUACCCAGGCGGAUUUUCUCAGCGCUUCACUGUUCCUCAGGGCCCUUAUCUUGACUACCGACUCAAGUGCCCCCACAAGGCCGACACCACCGAACUUCGUGAGGAGUGGCGCGUUCUCCCUCAGAUCAAGGCUUCCUAUACAGAUGCAGCCUCGUACGUUGCAAACAUCUGUAUGGAGCCUCCUGUGACUAUUGGGCCUCCUGCUGAAAGUGGCCCUCUCCGUCGCAGAAAUGAGCCCGUCCACCGUAUCACCAAACGUGCCGAGCUCGAGCCUACCCCUCCUCCUAUCGGUCCCCAGUUCCCUGGUGCUGAUGUCCUCGUCACCGGCAACGCCACUGUCUUCUACCAUCUCAAGAAUCAGCCCAACACCGGGGUUUUAGUCUGCUACACUUUCGACCCCAGCGAUGACGCAGCAGAGAAGGAUGUUAUUCUUGCGGGAUUGAAAGCCUUCCAUGCCCACAACGUGACCAACAUCCUUGUCGAUUUCCAGGGUAACACCGGUGGAUCAGUUGAUCUGUCUGCUUUCCUAGUCCAGAUGCUGUUCCCCAACAAGAACCCACUUGACGCUGCCUUCCCAUGUGACAUGCGUGUUUCCAAGCCCCUCCAGAACCUCGCCAAGUUGAGCUACGGCAUCUCCGACUCUAGUUUCUUCGACGCCCACGAAUACAUCAACUUCUCCAACGGAACUGCAGUCUACGAGAAUAACGACCUCUUCGACAAGCCUGUCACCCUAAACCGUAACGGCCGCCGCAGCCUCUGGACCGAAAUAACUACCCUUAAAUUUCCACCCAUAGAAAGCAAGCACAUUACCCCUGUCGCCUCCUUCCCCUGGACCGCAAAUCCUGAAAACAUCCGCAUCCUCACUGACGGCCGCUGUGGGUCCGCCUGCGGCAUGGCCGCUUACUUUUGGACAGCCCUUCACGACGUCGCCGCCUACGCCAUCGGUGGUACCCACGGCGAAGACCUGUCCAUGUUCUCCUUUGCCGGCGCUUCCGUCAUGGAGUUCUCCGCACUCCAGGACUUCUACAAGUCUGCUGACUUGAUCAGUCCAUUGACCGGCUUGCCCUACAAAAACAAGAUUACUUUCCCAUGGUUGGAGAUGUAUGGCCAUGGACGUACGACUCCUUUGGAGUAUGAUGCAGAGCUGUACCGCCCUAGGCAUAGGUUGGGGUUCACGCCCAAAAAUGCGCGUAGCCGGGAGGUAUUGUGGAAGGAGGUGGCUGCUGCUGCUUGGAAGUAA